AUGUCUCUAUCGCCGUUUGUGCGCCAUUGGCAGCCCGCCGGUUACCAGCCGAUAGCGCACCGCCUGCGCAGAUCUGCAUCUCCUCCAGCGCAUCUCUCAACGCCUUUACGCUUGUCAUUCAAAGCGCAUAACAGGGAAUUCCGACUGCUCUUACAACCUAAUCCAAGUUCGGUCUUCGCAGACGACGUCCAGUUUCAUUCUACUUCCGGGCCACUAGACUACAACACUGCACUUGUUUAUUCUGGAAAGUUAGAAGACGACGACUCAUCACAUGUGUACGGAGUUAUUACAGCUGAUGGUCUGUUUGAUGGUACAAUAUGGACAUCGACAGAAGAAUACUAUGUGGAGCCACUGUCUCGCUAUAAUUUUGAUCAUCCCACCAUGCACAGUGUUAUUUAUAGGCGAUCGGAUGUUGAUCAUCCCCACGACAAUCGAGACGCUUCGCACUGUGCCUCUCAUCUUCUUCACAUAAAAGGAACUAUCGGACAACAUGGACAACUAUUCAACUUUACAGAGGAAGUCAGCGUUACGAAUACCCCUUUUUACAAUCAUUCGGAAGAUUUCACAACCGAAAUGAACAGGCGAAAGAAACGAUGGCUUCCCGAAGACGAAAUGCAAGAUGAUCAGCCAAAGAAAAACCCCGAUCUACCUUUAGAUUUAGACGUUCCAUAUACAAGUAACAGUGACCCUUUUGAGAAAUUUAGCACGAGGAAACCGAAGACCAAAAUCGAUAAGAGCAACCUCAUCACUAAAGUCCGGUUUGAUGCGGAAGAGUCGAGACCGAAACCAAAGACGCACGUGGAAGUGAUAAAGACUAAAGCGGGCGUAGUGACCGUCAGCAAAGAUAUAGUAAAGAAGGAGCCAGUCGGUUAUACAAUUUUAUCUGCAAAUGCAACAGACGAUGGGCGCCAUGUAAACAAAAGAGCCACUGUUGAUCCAAGAAAAACAACUUGCUUAGUUUAUUUACAAGCAGAUCAUAUGUUCUACCAGCGCUAUGGCUCCGAGGAAGCUUGUAUUGAAGUAAUGACACGCCAUGUUCAGAAAGUUAAUGCUAUUUACAAAGUAACAGAUUUCAAUCAAGAUGGAAAACCUGACAAUAUAACUUUCAUGAUAAAAAGGAUAAAAGUUCAUACUUUAGACGCACUUAAAGAUCCGGCGUAUCGGUUUCCCAAUAAUUAUGGAGUGGAAAAGUACUUGGAACUUUUUUCAGAGGAAGAUUACGAUGCAUUCUGUUUGGCAUACAUGUUCACAUAUCGUGACUUUGAGAUGGGUACAUUGGGCUUGGCUUGGACUGGAGAUCUAAAGAACGCUGGAGGUGUCUGUGAAAAAAAUGGGCACUACCGGGGCAGUAUGAAGUCUCUGAACACAGGCAUUGUAACAUUACUCAAUUACGGAAAACAUGUUCCUCCGGCGGUCUCCCACGUUACUCUGGCGCAUGAAAUCGGACAUAAUUUCGGAUCACCGCAUGAUCCAGAGGUAUGCACACCCUUCGGUGAAGAUGGAAACUACAUAAUGUUCGCCAGAGCUACGAGUGGGGAUCGCAAAAAUAACAACAAGUUCUCCCCUUGCUCACUUCGGGCGAUAGAUCCAGUGCUGAACAAUAAGGCACGGUCACCUAAAGGCUGUUUUACAGAACCGCAGCCAGCGAUUUGCGGAAAUGGUGUCGUGGAGGAAGGCGAAGAAUGCGACUGUGGCUGGGCUUCGGAGUGUACGGACGUUUGCUGCCGGCCGCAAGCUGUCAGGCCCCACUACAAACCUUGCACGCUGACUGAGCACAGCGUGUGUAGUCCUAGCCAGGGCCCGUGCUGUACAUCGUCAUGUACUCUGAAGUUCGGCGACAAAUGUCGUUCGGACAACGGUUGUCGUGAUGCAGCUCAUUGUGACGGGAAACGGGCUGCAUGCCCUGCUAGUCGGCAUAAGCCUAAUAGAACAAGAUGCGACAAGGAGCUUGUAUGCUUCAUGGGAGAGUGUACCGGUUCUAUUUGUCUUGCGUACGGCCUGGAGUCAUGCCAGUGCUUGCCCCGGACGGACGAUCCUCGAUCAGCGUGCGAACUCUGCUGCCGUAAGCCAGGUGGACCGUGUCUAUCUAGCUUCCACUGGAAUACACCGCCUUAUGACGUCCCAGAUAUGUACGCUAAACCUGGAACGCCUUGUAACGAUUAUAAUGGUUACUGUGACGUGUUCCAACGCUGCCGGGAGGUGGACCCGUCAGGUCCGCUGGCAACAUUACGCAAGCUGCUAUUGUCAGACGAGAGUAUCGCUGGCUUCAAGCGGUGGAUGCUGCGACACUGGUACGCCGUGCUGCUCAUUCUUCUCGCAGUCAUUGCGCUCCUGGUGGCGAGCACCCGGUUCCUGGGGAGGCACGCUAAGAAGAUGAAGUCAGUUACAAUCAUCCACUCAUCAACCACUGAAACUGUUCGUCUGCCAGACGCUGGAGACCAGAUGAUUGUUCAUACAGCCGUCAGAUCUAAACUCCCCUUGAAAAAGAAAGUAGCACUCCGUACACGGGCGUACCGCAGUAAAAAGGAACAAUCUAGCAAACAAGGGGACAAAGCGUCGCCGGCGCAUGCCGCCAAGACCAACAACAAGAGCAAAAGGAAACCACCGCCACAGCCGAAAGUAGACGACAUCCAGGUCACAAAAGAAGCAACCGCUGUGGUUACAAAUGCCGAAGGGAAGUCGCCAAAGCACGUUAUAUUAUCCAAACACAAAGGGAAAGUCAAAAAGAGGAAAGUUAAAGUUAAAAAAGAAACCAUAGAUUACAGCUCAAUGCAAAAACAUCCAUCGUCUCCCACCAAGGACACAGAAGCCUUGACUAAAGUCCAGAAGUGGCUCCUCAGUUCGCCGCAACCCACAGUCAUUCCCAAAUCUAAAUCCAUUCCCGUCAACCUCACCGAGAGAACACAUCGGCCGGUUCCUAAAGGGUCCAGGAAAACGCGGCCCUCGAAGAGCGCAACAAAUCUCUUUUCCGGGGAAAAAGCUAGAUUACAAGUAGUGUUUAAACCGCCGUUUAGAUUUAGCGUCAAAAUAUGCAAAAGCGAUAAAACCAAAGUCGUGCUAGAUAAGUCAUCUAAACCCGAACUAGAAAGAAAAAGACACGACUCACUCCCUCAGCAGACCUGCCCCGCUGAUGUUAAAAUAAAUCCAGUUUCUAAACUUAAGCAUAACAAUUCUAUUAAGAGUCCACUAGAACAAACAACGAAUAAUCAAAUGGCAGAAGUGACUCAACAGGAGACAUCGAGCCAUGGGUACGAAAAUUUAUUACCUCGGAGUUUAAGUGACUGCAAAAUAGGAAAGACGGAAGUUCAAAUAAAGGAACGCAACAGUCACAAGAAGAGUAACUCAGUAGGGCAGAGACGUGAUACGACGGAGAGUCGCCAAAAUCUUAUAUCGCAAGAAGAUCUUGACAACGUACACGUCUACGAAAACGUGGUGAUGUCUCAAGAAACCUUCGUCCCGAAAAGCUGUAGCAUGCCGCGCCGCCAAAACUCAGCAGUUAUAUCGCGACAGAGCAGUUACGGUCAUCUACCUCGUGCUCAAAUCCGCCCAUAUAGACAUAGCACUAACAACGUCAGUAGAUCAAGAAACAAUAGUAGCGGGGAACUGGAACGUUUUUACAAUGUAAUAGAGACAUUGCGGCGAGAUAAAGGCAACUCUAUCAACACCAAUACCAGCAGUUCAUCAAAGAGCAGUCGAGAACCCGAGGAAAAUAUAACCCGGGGCGACGGACCGACACGGCAAAGCCUAGUGGGUAACCGUCGCAGUGAAGAGCCAUCGAAAUUGAAACGGCAGCUUAGUGAAGUGGAGUUGAAUAAAUCGCAAAACAUCGACACUAAACUUAGGGGCUUCCAAUUAGUAGUCGGGAAAGAGAAGUUGAAGCGACAGCUGAGCGACAAUGAGCUGGCUCGGUCUCGCGUUCAGCUGACGAUGCCGAUUUCAGCUGGUGCAGAGCCACGGCAGCCAUUUUGCUGGGACAAACGUGCUAGCCUCGACUGUGAGGCUUCGGUGGUCGCGCGCUCUAAACCUCGCAACAACACCAAACGCACCACAUACACCUUCGGCGAACUGAAGAACACCGUCCCAAACGCCUCCGAAGCGUCGGCAGACGGCAUUCACAUCUCACCCGAAGAAUUUUUAAAAAUAAUCGAUAAUUAA